AUCACCAUCAUUUCAAUUAUCAUCAUGAUAAUCAUUAAAUCAUCACAAUCAACUUGACAUUCAAACAAUUAAAACUUCUUUAAACAAUUGCUGAUUGUUUAUCUUGACAAUUUUCCGAUUGGUUUUUAAAUCAUUUGACAAUAAACAAUUUUACUAGUGAUUAGUUAAUUGUUGUAACAAUUAAUAUGAAUCGUUAGACUAUCAGAUUAACUCGUUGAUUGUCAAUCUAAAGAUAAUUUUGUUAUUUCACUUUUUUAAUUUUCUCUCUGAUUGAUUAUUGUUACUUUCAUUUAAUUGAAAUCUCAAUCGUUAGUUAAAGUUUAUAAGUUUUACAAGUGACCAAUUUAAUUAAGAUUAAUUGUUCCGUUUUUUAUAUAUAUAUAUAAUUGGAUUAAAGUACAAAAUAGAAAUGGAUUUAUCAUCGAGUAAUAAUAAUCUAGUUAAUUGUGAUCAUCUGAAAACAAUUAAACUUUUCGGUGAAGUGAUUAAAAUGAAAGUGUCAUAUUGUAUAUCCAGUGUUAGUGAACCAAUGACAACAGUGAUUAGGUUAAUUGUGAUCACAUUGUGUGUUAAUCAUGUGCUUGGAGUUGAUCAUCUUUCAAGUAAUUACAAUAGAAAACAAUCAAAUCGGAUAAUUAAUACAAAAUAUGGUAGAGCAAGAGGUGUCCAUGUUAAUUUACCUCAUAAUUUACAGCCAAUUGAAAUGUUUCUAGGUAUUCCAUAUGCAAGUCCACCGGUGGGUAGACUGAGACUCAUGCCACCGGUGACCCCAGUCCCUUGGAAUGAGGAUCGCGAUUUCAAUUCAUAUGGUCCAGUGUGUCCACAACAAUUACCGAACCUAUCAAAUGAGACCGAGGCUCUAACCCGAAUGACCAGUUACCGUUACAACAAUUUAAAACGAUUAUUACCUUUACUUAAGAAUCAAAGUGAAGAUUGUCUUUACCUGAACAUUUACCUUCCAGCCAAAGCAUCAUCAACAUCCACCGCCUCAACACUUUCACCGCCAUCACCUUAUCCAGUUAUCGUAUUCAUCCAUGGAGAAUCUUAUGAAUACAAUUCAGGCUCUGCUUAUGAUGGAUCAAUAUUAGCCUCAUUUGGUGAUACAAUUGUUAUAACAAUUAACUUUCGUCUUGGAGUAUUAGGUUUCUUCCCAUCUCUCGAUGGGACAACGAGAGGUAACUUUGGACUAUUGGACCAAGUCGCCGCUCUUCAUUGGAUCCAAGAAAAUAUUGAAUCGUUUGGUGGCUCACCAAAUAACGUAACGAUCAUGGGCCAUGAUUAUGGAGCCUCUUUUGUUAAUCUACUCAUGAUUUCACCGAUGGCCAAAGGACUUUUCCAGCGAGCUAUAAUGUCCAGUGGUUCAGCUCUUUCUCCCUUUUCCAUGGCUACUGAUUCAUUAAGAUAUAGUAAGCUACUCAGUGAACGGGUUGGGUGUCCAGUUGACCAUACUAGUGCCAAGAAUACCUUGAUGCUCAAUUGUUUGAGGAAAAAAAGUCUCGAUGAGAUAAUGUCGAUUACAUUUGAUGCACCCAAACAUUUGACCAUUUUUGGUCCAACCGUUGAUGGGACUGUUAUUCCAGCUGAUCCAUUGCUCAUGAUGACUGAUGAUACAUCUCUUUUUGGGAGCUACGAGCUUUUGACUGGUGUCACUCGAGUUGAAUAUUAUCAUUCUUUUAAUGAUCAUGAUGUUCAUCAUGGGAUUGAACCUUCGAGAAGAGAUCGAAUCAUUAGAACUUUAGUUCGUAAUCAAUAUGAUUAUCAUCUUCAGGAGAUUUAUCUAACAAUAUCAAAUGAAUACACUAAUUGGGAAAAGCCAACUAGCCAUCCAUUCAAUAUAAUCGACUCACUGACCGAUCUACUUUCUGAUUCAUUGGUGGUCGCACCGGUCAUCAAAGUCGCCACCCUGCACUCUCGUCGUCCAGCAAAAACCUAUUUUUACGCUUUCACAUAUUCAACUGAAGAUGGUGACUUUCCGUCCAGACUUGGCUGUGUUUCCGGUCAAGAUUUAAAUUACCUGUUUGGUGCUCCACUAAUUACCGGCCAUAAACUGUCACAUUUCUCACCAAAAUACACUCGAAGUGAAAUCGCCUUAGCUCAAACUCUAAUCACCAAUUGGGUUUCCUUUGUUAAAUUCGGAGAUCCAAACAUGAGAGACGAUGAAACCGAUGCCCUGGUCAAAGGUAAUCAAAGUGUCAAGGAGCCAAAGGUCAGUUCAAACAGUCGUGGUAGUAAAGUAACAUGGCCAAUCUAUGAAGAGCAUCAACAACAAUAUUAUGUAUACGAUAUAACAAUUAAGCCUAAAUUACGAGAUCACUAUCAUGCUCAUCGGAUGUCGUACUGGUUGAAUUUGAUUCCCAAACUUCAUGUUCCUGGUUCAUCAGCUAAUCAAGAUUAUCAUUUACUUCAUAAUCACCAUGAUCUAUCAACAUAUGAUGGGACCGUUCGUGCUAAUCGUCUUCCGAGCCUAUUAUCAUCACCAUCUCAAUCAUCUUCCAACAUAAUAUCAUCUCCGCCUCCAGUGAAUCUUGGUGAAAGUGGUUCACUUUCCUCUUCAUAUCCAAAUUCAUCUAUAACUCAUUCCCAUCAUGGUUUAUUAGAUGUUAACUCUGAUGGUGUCUCAUCCUCAUCCUCAUCAUCUUUCAGUGGUUCUCAUCGAUCAUCAAGUGCCUAUGAGACACAGAAUUCAGCUCAAUCAACAUUUAAUUCAACCGUUUCUUUCCUGGGAACUCAUGUAACUUAUACAACUGCCCUGAGUGUCACCAUUGCCAUUGGCUGUUCAUUGCUCAUCUUAAAUGUCCUCGUUUUUGUCGGAUUUUUUUAUCAUCGUGAUCACUUGAAAGCAAAAGAAUCCAAAUCCAAUGCUAAAAAUAGUUCCAACCCAAACAAUCAAUCAAACAAUAACAAUCAACUCCAAAAUAAGAGUUCAGAUGAUGAUCAUAAUGGUGGAUGGCAAUUAACUGGCAAGGAAACUGGAAGAUCUAUGAUUUCUUAUUAUCCGGAAAGUAACUCGUUUAUUUGUCCAUCAGAAACAACACUGACCACAGUGACCACACCAACAAUUGGCUUAGGAGGAGGAGGUAACAAUAAUAUCGGUAAUAAUAUUACCGGUGAGAUGCAAAUCAAUUCAACUGAUUCACCUUUACCUGUUCACCAAUGGAUUAACAGUCAACAACAACAACAACAGCAACAACAAUCAAUUGCUUGUGCUAAUUAUAAAGGUUAUCAACUUCAUCCUUACACACCGGAAACAAUUGAUAUCUUACAAACAUCUCAUCAUCCACUUAACCACCAUCAGCAUCACCAUCAUGUCUCAUUAAAUAAUUGUACCUACACAACGACAACAAUUAACCCAAACACUGUUGGUAAUGUUGAGAAAAACUUGACCAAUCUUAUGGAUACAUCAUCACUUGUUAUCACUGAUGAUAAUCAAUCAAAAUCUAAAUUAAUGCCAAGUGAAACUGGUAUUUGACAAUUAAAGAACACUCAAGUUUAAAAUUAGGAUCAUUAACAGUAACAAAAGUGAUUAAUUUUUCUAUUCCGUAAGACUCAACCAAAUCAUCAUGAGCAUCAUUUCCGUUUCCGUUUUCUCUUUUUCUUUUCAUUUUCUCUUCAAACUCGAUUUACAUAUUAUCAGACCUUCCGAUUUGUAAACAAACGAUUAAGUUGGAAACAAGAUGAUGAUGAUGAUGAUAGUGGAAGAUUCUUCUAGUAUUCUUACAUCUUUAUUCUCAUCAUCUUUCUUUCUCCUCCUCCUCUUUCUUCAUGAUGAAUUUGAUGAAAUGUAAGAAUAGAUAUAAAGAGUUAACAUGGGAAAAAAUUUCUAGUCAUUAAGUAAUCUUUUUCCUCUUAUAUUCAGAUUCUUGGCUCUGAAUAUGAACUUUUAUCUCCCUGAACCAUGAUUACAAUUGAUUUCUUCGAAUGAGUUUUUAUAUACUACAUGUGCCUUUUGUUGAUGACAAAGAUGAAAGAUCUAAAAGAUGAAGAUGAGAAUGAGAAUGAUGAUAACUGGUAAUGAAGAGAAACAAGUUUUGACAUGUUCAUGUUAAUUUCACUUUGAGACUCUAGUGACAAAAUAAAAUGCUAAGAAUCAUAACAAUCCUUAAUGAUUAUCGUCAUCACUAAUUGAGCUAAAUCAUCAUCAUCAUUACUAUCAUCCCUUUGGUCAUGAUAAUAAUAGUAUAUCUAGAAUAAUAAACUUUGAGAUACUUUUCCCUUCCUUAAUCUUAGGAUACUAAUGGAUUUCUCUCUCUCUCUCUCUCUCUCUCAAAAUCACCACAACUAGUCAACAUUACCACCACCCACUCUUCCUCCUCCUCCUUGAAACUAUUCAGAUACAAAUGUAAUAAAUGCUAAGCUACUGUUGGCAUAAUAAUAUUAAUCUGCAUUCUCUGUGAUAUUGAUCCAGUUAUUAUUAUGAAAAGAAAAGAGAAAAAAAUAAACAUUGAUGAAGAUAACUCACUCGUCAUCAUGUCAUCUUCGACUUUCUUUCUUUCUCUGUCAUUAAUAUUAUCUUCCUUAUCAUCAUCAUCCUCCUUCUUCAAGUGUCUUCAUCGACUAACAUUCAAUUAUAAUUAUGAGAAACGCUGAAAGAUGAAGGGGGAAAACCACAACAAUUUGAAUCGUAAUUUCAAUUCUCUCAAUGGUUAAUAAUUAUUCCAGAAUUUAUUAUCCAUCUCGAACCUCUGGAUCUCUAAUCAUUUGUCUAUUUUUUUGAAUUGUAAAUAUUAACAUGUAAGAAAAUCGCUCUAGUUUCAAGUAACCUUUUUUGACCAAUGUAAAUAAAUUAUGAUAACAUUGUAAUGAGAAUUUUGGAAAAUAAAAUUAUUACCAUUAA